CGCGCCGCGCUCAGUCGCGCCGCGCCCGCCGUCCUCGCCGCCGCCCGGCAGCUGCCCUCGGAGCCCGCCGCCGCGCCUGCAGACCCCCGGCCCGGUCCCAGUGCCGCUCCGCGUCCCCGUGCCCGUCCCCGCGCAGCCCCCGCCGCAGCCAUGUCCAAGCAGCCGCGAGCCGGCGGGGAGGAGAUCCUGGAGUGCCAGGUGAUGUGGGAGCCUGACGGCAAGAAGAACACGCAGAUGGACCGCUUCCGGGCGGCCGUGGGCGCUGCCUGCGGCCUGGCGCUGGAAAAUUACGAUGACUUGUACCGCUGGUCGGUUGAAUCGUAUUCAGACUUCUGGGCCAAGUUCUGGAAAUUCAGUGGGAUCAUCUUCUCCCGCAUGUAUGAUGAGGUUGUGGACACCUCAAAAGGGAUCGCGGACGUCCCUGAGUGGUUCAGAGGCAGCCGGCUAAACUAUGCGGAAAACCUCCUGCGCCAUGAGGAGAACGACAAAGUCGCCCUCUAUGCUGCGAGGGAAGGCAAAGAGGAAAUUGUGAAGGUGACUUUUGAAGAGUUGAGGCAGCAGGUGGCUUUGUUUGCAGCAGCAAUGAGGAAAAUGGGUGUGAAACAAGGAGACCGGGUCGUUGGUUAUUUACCCAAUGGUGAGCAUGCCGUGGAGGCCAUGCUGGCUGCAGCGAGCAUCGGUGCCAUCUGGAGCUCCACGUCCCCAGACUUCGGUGUGAACGGCGUUCUGGACCGCUUCUCUCAAAUCCAGCCCAAGCUCAUCUUCUCCGUGGAGGCGGUCAGGUACAACGGCAAGGAGUUCAGCCACAUGGAGAAGCUGCAGCAGGUGGUCAAAGGACUCCCAGACUUGGAAAGGGUGGUGCUGAUUCCAUACCUUGCCUCAAGAGAGAAGAUAGACCUUUCCAGGAUUCCAAAUAGUGUGUUUCUGGACGAUUUUCUUGCCACCGGGAGGGGCGAGCAGGCCCCACAGCUGGAGUUCGAGCAGCUGCCCUUCAGCCACCCACUCUUCAUCAUGUUUUCGUCGGGCACGACCGGAGCGCCCAAGUGCAUGGUGCAUUCCGCGGGGGGCACCCUCAUCCAGCACCUGAAGGAACACGUUCUCCACGGCAACAUGAACAGCAGUGACACCCUCCUGUAUUACACCACGGUCGGCUGGAUGAUGUGGAACUGGAUGGUGUCCGCUCUGGCCACGGGAGCGGCCCUGGUCUUGUACGACGGCUCCCCCUUGGUGCCCACGCCCAACGUGCUCUGGGACCUGGUUGACCGGCUGGGCAUCACCAUCCUUGGAACGGGUGCCAAGUGGCUGGCUGUGCUCGAAGAGAAAGACCUGAAGCCAAUGGAAACCCACAGUCUCCAGACGCUUCAUACGGUCCUGUCCACUGGCUCCCCGCUGAAAGCCGAAAGCUAUGACUAUGUCUACAGGUGCAUUAAGAGCAGCGUCCUUCUGGGUUCCAUCUCAGGUGGCACCGACAUCAUCUCCUGCUUCAUGGGCCAGAACUUUUCUGUUCCUGUGUACCGAGGGGAGAUUCAGGCCCGGAACCUGGGCAUGGCCGUGGAAGCCUGGAACGAGGAAGGAAAGGCGGUGUGGGGAGAGAGCGGGGAGCUGGUGUGCACCAAGCCGAUCCCCUGCCAGCCCACCCACUUCUGGAACGAUGAGAACGGGAGCAAGUACAGGAAGGCCUAUUUCUCCAGGUUCCCAGGUGUCUGGGCGCACGGUGACUACUGCAGAAUCAACCCCAAGACCGGGGGCAUCGUCAUGCUGGGCCGGAGUGACGGCACGCUCAACCCCAACGGAGUGCGAUUUGGCAGUUCGGAAAUCUAUAACAUCGUGGAGGCCUUCGAGGAGGUGAUGGACAGCCUCUGUGUCCCCCAGUACAACAAGGACGGGGAGGAGAGGGUGCUUCUGUUCCUGAAGAUGGCGUCCGGCCACGCCUUUGGGCCCGACCUGGUGAAGAGUAUCCGCAACGCCAUCCGCCGUGGCCUCUCCGCGCGGCACGUGCCCAGCGUCAUCCUGGAGACCAAGGGCAUCCCGUACACCCUCAACGGCAAGAAGGUGGAAGCGGCGGUGAAGCAGGUCAUUGCUGGAAAGGCCGUGGAGCACCGAGGGGCCUUCUCGAACCCCGACACCCUGGACUUGUACAGGGACAUCCCCGAGCUGCGGGACUUCUGAGUGGGACCGGCUCGCACCACACUCGGCCACACGUGUCUGUGCUGUGACUUCCGUGGCUUCCAGAAAGCGCUUAGAUACGUACAGCCCUUGGGAAGGCAAGCGUCUGCGGGCUUGGGGAAGAUCGUCUCUGAUCUGCAGCUGCAUCGGGCGGGGGCCCGAGUCUCCCCGGACCAGAGGCUGAGAGGGAGGAGCGUUUGCUUGUGUGUGUGGCAAGGCUUCGAGGGUGUGUGUGUCUUCCCACCUGCGCCCUGGCACGCGCUGCCAGGCGCCGGGGCUCGCCCGUGUGGGGGCGGUCACGGCUGACGGCCUCGGCCUCGGCCUCGGCCACGCUCCGGGCACCGGCUGGCUUUCUGGCGACGGCACACCCCCGCUGCAGCCUUGCACCUGUUGCUUUCUUUUGCUCUCUUUUGUUCUCUUAACGUGUGAAGCUGUGUGUUCUGGCUCAGGGCCCGUCCGUCUCCUGUCGCCCGUGAACUGCCCCCCGCGGCCGACCACCCCUGCGUGUCUGUGUCUGUGUGCAACGCACCGGGUCCCCGCGGUUCCUGGCGGGGCCGUGUGCUCUGACCCGCAGGUGGAAGCUCCCUCUGGAGGACACGGGGGUUUUGUGCUUUAACGGGGUCCCUUUAUCUCUUGGACUUUGAAUGGUUUCAGAACGUUUUAACGUCCGUUGUCUGCCGUGCGGGGGCGUUCGCGGAACUGGCCGUGCGCCCUGUGGGGUGGCGGUGCUCUCGGGGAGUUGGCGGGCCGCCCGGGCGGCCGUCACGGGGUCCUCCCCAGACGGAGCUGCCUGGCCUCGGGGGACACGGCCUCGCCGCGCCCUCCACCCGGAGCCCUGGGAGCCUCAAGUCGCAGCUGUGAUACCCGCACUUGUGAAUCGAGUCCCGGGUGCCGCAGCCGGGUGGCUGGUACGCACUUUGGGUUCAGCGUGUUGAUUCCUGUAAUCCUAAUGUUUGUUUCUGUACUCGUGAAAACUGAGCACAACGAAAACCUUUCUCGAAUCCCUUUUCUUCUGGAUGACAAAAACACGGGGAAAAAGCGCCAUGAAGAAUUUAUACAAUAAACACAUGCACACACGCGCAUAUA